AUGGCGCUUUCAAGUGAGGCGGCACCCCUUGCGGCUGGCCCGCCGGGACCACCUCACCCAGCAGGCAACUCGCAGGGGCGUCCCGAAGCCUCCCACGACACUCCCUCGCACCACGGCAGUGCUGGUGCCGACUACGAGCGCGAAAUCCUCUGCCUUGUGAACAAGGAGCGCCGGCGCGUCGGCCUCAACGCGCUUGCCCUGCACCCGGCUGUCACGCAGGCCGCCCACGAGCACUCGCUGUACCAGGCACGCGUUGGCGAGAUGACCCACAGCGAUGAGAACUACGGCCCCCAGCUGCCUGAAAACAUUGCUGAUGCGCCCGCUGCAAGCGCCAAGGAGGUGUUUGAUAUGUGGAUGAAAGACCCGCCGCAUUACGAGAAUAUCGUUGAUCCGAACGUCACGUAUAUGGGCGUGUCGAAUGUCAACGGAAAGUGGACCCAGGACUUUGGAUCGGACUCGGACACAAGCAAGCCGGAGCAGGCGUACUACGGCGAAGGCUAUUGCUAG